AUGGAGAUUAAAGAGAAAGUCUUCAAGAAGGCCAUCCCCACGCCGACAAAGUCCAAGGACGUGUCGAGUGACAUGGCCAACGACGUGCCACAAGAUCCCAAGCGCGUGGCUGCCAAAAUCGUCUACCAAACCGAUACUGUGGACCCUCAGACCCGACUUCCCAUCGUUGUUAUCGACUCCAGCGCUCUUCCGGAACCCUCGAGCAAGUCGCACGCCAUUCUGUUCCCGCAUCUCGUCAGCAACCUGCCCAGUACGCCGUUUGUGCUCGUUUUCUUUGCAUGUGGCGCUCCCCAGCGGCCCUCGUGGUCCUGGGCCACAAAAACAUACGCCAUGAUCGAACGAGACGUCAAAAAGAGAGUCCGAAAGGUCUACGUAGUGCACGAGUCGUGGUGGGUUCGAGCGGUUACGGAGAUGCUAGGCGGCUUCAUCUCGACGAAAUUCAAGGCCAAAAUCCACCACGUUUCGUCGCUGUCGCAACUCGCCCGAGAAAUCGACGUCACAGCCAUCAACAUCCCGCCACGUGUUCUGCUGCACAAUCGCAAGGUGGAGGAUGAAAUCACCGUACCGCGACACGUUGAACCUGUGUUUGGCCGCCUGUUUGACCCCAGAAACCCUCCCAGAAUCUGGAACGUCAUGCUCGAGUAUCUUACACAGAUGGCUCCGUAUGUGGAGGGCGUGUUUCGAGUGUCCCCAAGAUCAGAUCUGCUGGAGAUUGUCAGAUGCAACUGCGAUCGAGGCCAAAUGUUUGAACUCGCAGACUAUGGACCUCACGUGGCUGCUUCCUUGCUAAAACGGUUCCUUAGAGACUGCCCCGAACCAGCUCUUCCAGCAGACAGAAUCCCACUGCCCAUCAAGGAUGACGCAGAGUACACAGAGGAUACGAUCCGACAGCUGCCCGUCACCUCGCUGUUCAUCUUCCUCUACGUGGUGCCUCUUCUCCAAAGCAUUGUGAGAAACACACAGGUGACGCGGCACUCGGAACACUCGAUAUCCGUGUGCUUUGCACCUGCACUGCUGGGAAUCACAGCGUCGCGUGACUCGACGGCAGUGGGUAUCCGUCUGCUCAAAAAUGUCAUUGAGCACUGGGCUGUUCUGGCCCCCAAGCUUGAGAACGAGCUGUACACCCGAAUUAACGUCACUGACGUGAAUAGAAUUCAGCAGCUGGCUCCCAACGCCGGAGGCCUGGGUGCUGCUCCAGCAUACCCUCCAUACGACGGCGCGUACGACAUGUCGAAGAGACAAGUAUCCGCUCCUCUCACCUUCCUCAACAACAGCAAAUCUUCUCCUUCGCUGAGACAGAGAAACGUGUCCGACGCUGCGCCGGUACCUCCUUUCCCCAUUUCUGUGUCUGUUGAGUCGCUCGUAGAUAUCGCAGACGACGACGCGCAGAUUUCACCUGUCAAGUCACGUGGACGGCAGAUGAACAACAAUGGGCUGCUCUCGUCAGUGGAGCUCAUGCCCCCGCCUCCCGUGCCCAAAAAACCCGUUCAAUUGCAGUCUAGAUCGAGACAUAACUCCGUGUCUGAGCUGGCAGCUGAACUGGAGCCUCCCAGCACACCCAAAACUCCCACCAAGUUUGUGCUGCAGCCCUCCACCAAGAUUAACGCAGAUAUCGACCCAUCCACGUUCAAGAUUCCUCCUUCUCCCCCUCCACCUCGAAAGUUUGGACCACGAUCGAGGUCCGUGGCAUCGACCAAGAGAGGCAAGAUGGUCGAGGAGCUCUCUAAGAUGUUUGAGGAGCGAUGCGAGACCGCCAAUAUGAUGCUGGAGUUUGAGCGGCAUCGACAGAUUCGCCAGGAGGCCGCAGACAGACUCAACAGAGGUAGUCCGGAGCCGUGA